CUGCUUCUUCAUCCGCCAACAAAGUAAAGACGAAGAAAACAGCCUGCUGCUAAUGUUUCUCUGCUGAUGCAGCUACUCAGAGGAAACAGUAAGUGUAAAAAAUAAAGACUUAAGAUGGCAACGCCGGUGUCUGUCCUUCGCCUGCCAAAAGGACCCGACCCCAACAGCCGUGGAUUUGACCCCACGUCACCCCGUUUCAUCGCUCUCUGUCGUACCUCCAUUCCCACCUCUGCUGCCUCGGAGUCAAACGCCGAGCAGCUGCAGAUGGAGCAGCAUGCACGAUCUGUGCUGAGAGAGAGUUUCCUCCGAUGUCUCCUCUCCAUGAACAACAAGAAGGUUCAGUUUCACAUGCACGAGAGGGUGACGGUGGAGGCCACGUUUGGAGCAUCUGACAUUGACGUGCUGAACUUUCAGGUGUCGGACUUGCACACUCCCAUCGGGGUGCAAAAAGAGGCACUGAUCAGGAGCCAGGAUGUGAUUUCUUUCACUUUUGAUGCAUGAACACUUUGAGGCUUUUGUUUCCUUUUUCUACAGAAUGUGACAUUUUGGAUAAGGGGCACUUGGGGCACUUGUUUGUUGUUGUUUUCACACUUUGAGAUAGUUUAGGAAAUUGUUAUCAUUUUUGUAGUAUCUGUAUUGUUUAGCCGAACUGCUCCGUGUGACUGCUUUCAGAAAUCCAACACCGCCAGUCCCACUUUUUAAGCACAAGAGGGCGUCAUACGCUCGUGUUUAAA